UGGUGUGAAUCCAAGCGAGCUAACAUGAGCAGGACCGGGGAGGAGAGAGUGCAGCGCACACACAGCGACGACCCAGUCCCGCGCUGGGCUUUAUGUGUAAACUAACAAACACGUUUUGUGACGGGGGAAGGAUAUUGGCUUUCCUACGUCCCGGUAGUCAGCGUACACCAUCCGCAUGUUAUUCUGGUUUUCAUUUCUACCACAUACAGAGACACGGGGCUGGGCUCUCUUCCGGGCUUCUCCGUCUGAAAGCAGAAAUUGGUUUCAAGCCUCAAGUUCCUCCAUUAGAAGCCAACAUGCAGGUUCACCUUCGUUAACUUCAAAUACAAGCAUCAUGACUCGCGCCUCCGGCAUUCACCGGGAUGGGAUGAAACUUUGACUGGAGCAGAGUCAACCCCUCGGGGAGAGCUAUAUUGCUUCACUCCAACAUCACACAGCAUUGCUGUGGCAAAGCAAGGUCAGUGUCUGAGUGGAAAAGUGUAAAACUCAGGAAGAUGGCAUCGCCCUUUGUGCCUGUCCCUGUGCCCAUGGGCAGGGCCUUUUCAGGUGGUAGCAACAAGCUGAGAAGGCCACAGCGAGCUUCCUCACUAGGCAGUGUCUCCAGUAGCUCGGAGGACCACAGAAGAGAAUGUGGAGGAUCCCGGCGCCAGUCCCGCUGCACGGACAGAGGCAGCCGCAGCCGGACGCCGCCACCCCUCCAGAUCCCAGUGACACAGGCCAGAAUUAAUGGGACUCUGGAGCCCUCUAUAGAGUACUCCAGCUGCCCCCGCUCUGUGUCAGAUCCUUGUGGGAGCCAGCAAGGCGAGGAGAGGCCUAUCACCCCAACUCUGCUGGGGUAUGAAGUCAUGGAGGAGAGGGCCAAGUUCACGGUAUACAAGAUCCUGGUCAGGAAGACUCCAGAUGAGAGCUGGGUUGUGUUUAGAAGGUACACAGACUUCUCCCGGCUCAAUGACAAGCUGAAGGAGAUGUUUCCAGGCUUCCGGCUCUCGCUGCCUCCUAAGCGGUGGUUUAAAGACAACUACGACAGCGACUUCCUGGAGGACAGACAGUUGGGACUACAGGCCUUCUUGCAAAACCUGGUUGCACAUAAAGACAUUUCCAACAGCCUGGCAGUGAGAGAGUUUCUGUGUCUGGAUGACCCACCGGGACCCUUUGAUAGUUUGGAGGAGAGCAGGGCGUUCUGUGAGACACUGGAGGAGAGCAACUAUCGUCUCCAAAGGGAGCUGCUAGAGAAGCAGAGGGAAAUAGCCUCCCUGAAGAUCAGGCUGGAGGAGAGGGAUCAAGCCAUCCUGCUGCUGGAGAAACACAUCAAUGGUGAAUGUGUGAGCCCAGAGUCACCGUGUAGACUCUCAGCUCAGGGCAGUGAGAGCAGUGCAGAUGUGGAUGUGGAGUCGUCCGCUGCAGAGGCUGAUCAGGACAUGCCUGACGACCCUGGUGGCAGAUGUGAGGUCCAACUGGUGCGAUCAUCUGCCUGUUGGUGCGGGCCGCCGCUCAGCUCCUCGCCUCCGGUCAUCCAGGUCACCCAGCUUUACCAGCAGCAGGUGGAACACUGAGGCUGAUGCUAACGCUGGUUCAAUGCUGCCCCCCUCGUCUUCUAUCUGCCCUUCCCUUAUGAGUGCUAUUAAGUUCUCCUCAUUUGUUUUGGCUGGCCUUUCUUCAACCCAGUGUUAAACUUCCCUUUCCACCUUUCAGAUAGUAACUGCAGUUUCACAUUUCAGCUGGAUCUGAGCCAACCUUUCCAUCCACAUCCGUGUAUAGGAUAAAAAGGGAAAGGUUUCAUACGGAUACAGCUCCCAUUAUAUAUUUUAUCUGGCACCUACAGAAGUGUUCAGUCUGAACACCUUGUGCAACUUCCUAUAAGAAUAAUAUAUGGAAUUACUCAGCUCUACUUCUUAAAAGUUUAUAAUGUCUUAAACUGUGUGAGGAUUUCUCUGUACUCCUCGAUCACUGUUGAACCUCCCACCGUGGCCAAAGUUUGGCUUCUUGACCAAAAGAAUUGGAGAACUAAAGAUUCACAAUCACACCACUGGAUGGCGUGAUGACUUAUACAAAUGUGACAAUCUACGGAAAACCGGAACACUCAUUUCAUCCAUUUCUGCAGAGGGCUUCGCCUUAUGGCUCUUCACUUGAGACGAGAGGCACGUGUCUCAAAUCGGAGAAACAAUGAAACAAGCCCAUUUUGGCCACAGGAGUAAGAAACAGUCUGGAUAAAUGAAAUGUCUCGGGAGAGUUGUUGGUAACCAGGUGGGUAUCACAGAGGACUGAUCACUUUCUGUUCGCUGACACUUCCAUGCCACGGCGUUGUACUGCCAGCGGCUGUCAUUGAUACAGACGGACCUCCUUUCUUGUGUUCUACGUUUCAGUCAAACUCGGUUAGUAUCCAAAAGCCGACAUUCUCUCGUCCCUUCAGUGUCAUUUGUCCCGCAAGAAACUCGAAACAUGCUGUACCAAGAGAGAUCCAAGGAAAUGUGGCCUAUUGUCUCUUUUUGGAAGGAAUGUAAUGGCCAAUGUAUACAUUAAUGAUGUCAUUUCCCACUCUGCACCACUGCUGCAAUGCUUAUACUCCUCUAUGCAUUUGCACAUUUCCCUAACGGCAUUUCAGUGCUUGAAUAUUAACAACACUAAACCUCUUCUGGCGCCUUAUCUGUCAACAGUGAGGAGUGGGCCAGGACUUGUGUCAGGUUCCUCUGGGUCUAUUGUGACAUGGGUACAUUUAAAGGAUCAUUUCACACAAUUAGCAAAUACAUUUAUAUACUUACCCCUACUUGUUUCCAAGUUUUAUCAGCUUAAGAUUUUAAGAUAUCCACCUCUAAGAUUUCUGCCUCUAUCUUGAUCCAGCUUAUGUUAGUGGCAUUCUGCUCAUGGUGCUCAAGUAUUUUAAACAAAAAAAAAAGCAACAACUCUGCAGCAACUUCUUUCUCGUUAAUAAGGGCAAUCCACAGACCUCAUUUUUGAUAGAUCUCACUGGAGUUGCUGUUGACGAGUUUUCCUGAGUAGCCGUCUGUGUGGCAGCAUGAGUUUCAGAGCCAGAUGUCUGAAAAUCUCAGCACAGGUUGUAAAACCAGAACUGUGUCAAGACAAGACGCCCCUCUGAGGAGUACGUGAGUUAGUCUUUUGUUAAUUUGUGUGAAAUUUACACACAAAGACAUGGAUUCAGUUGAUCGGAUAUUUAUUUUAAGUUUCAGCUUCAACAAAAACGGGCCUGUCGGUUCAUUUUAACAACACAGCCUUGGCUUUAAGAAAUCCAGGCAUUAGAACUGGUAUUUUACAAAACAAACUGUGACGCAUGUGACUGAUGAACACUAUUGAACCUUGUUGGCACUGUAUCAGCAAUGAAGACUGUUACCACACCCACACAUCAUCCCCAGAAGCCAUAUUCUCAGAACUUAAUAACAAUUAAGGGACAAAAGGGUUUCACGUGUGUUAAUAUGUGCUUGUUUUCUUUUUCUCUCUCUCUGGCUUUGCUGAUGGGUAAUGAAGUGUAUUAUAAUCACAGCUGAUAUUGAAUCAUCUAGAACUACGCCUGGUCGUGUGAUGCACUUUAUGGAUGAAUGGUGAUGCAUGUUUGUCAGGAUAUGGUUUUUAUUACUUCCUUUGUUUGAGACAGAAAUGUGCCUUCGCAUUCAUUGAAUCUGUCUCCAUUCCCAACUGAAGCAAAUUUGUGAAUGUGAUAUGUAUAUGAAGUUUUGUUCAUGUUUCUCUCUAUAAAUUCCCUUCACUCACUCUAAUUCAAAGUGCCUUGAAUAUGUUUCACUUGACCUGUCGUUUGAUGUGUGGGGAUAGCUUUAUAGGUUCGUGUAGGACACGUUUGUGAUGGAAAUGUUUUAAGUGACACGCGUAUGUAUAAGUCAUUGCUGAAAAAGGACAUGGACAUGUUUUGUGAUCGUAAAUUUAUUCCGUCGAAGUUUUAGUUCUCAUAUACACCCAUGGUUGCACUAAAAAAAGAUUUCUACAAAUAUCAUUUGGUAUCACUAUAAAUGUCCUAGAUUUAACAGGAUUAAUUCACUGAAAGAUUUGGUCUGAAAUGAAUACUGUAAAUACUGUAAUAUGCUUUAUCAGAAAUAAAUAUUCACACGCAAUUAUAACUGGAAUGAUGUAUUAAAAACAUGUAUGUUG